GACGAGUGCAGGUUGAGGUGAUAUUAAAGUGAGGGGUAUCAUCGUCGAAAUGAAUCUCAUCAUCAACAUUCUCAUCAACAUUCAGCAUCUACAACUAUACUAAACACUAAACUUCACCAUUUACAUCCACCAAAAUCUAUUCCCAUCAGUAAUUACAAUCAUCCAAAAUGGUCGCAAUCAACACCAUCAAGAAAUCCAACCAAUCAGCCCUCCCCGAAUCUCUCCCCAAGAAUCUCACAGCUGUUUUCCUCGGCGCCACAUCCGGUAUUGGUCGCAGCACAAUUAAGCAGCUCGCCAUCGCUACAGAUAACAAAUCGCCAACUAUUUACAUCGUCGGUCGAAGCACUUCAGCCGCUACACCACUUAUCGCAGAACUCCGACAGAGCAACCCAUCCGCCACAAUUGAGUUUAUUGAACGCGAUGUUUCUCUUGUCAAAGAAGCCGAUGCUGCUAUGAAGGAGAUUGCGAAGCGAGAGACUAAGAUUGACAUUUUGUUCAUGUCUGUUGGAUUCAUGUCUUUUGAGGGCCGAAAAGAAACCAAGGAAAAGCUAGAACCCUCUUUGACGACCCGCUUCUACAGCCGUGUCCGUGCCAUCGAAGUCCUCCUCCCUCUUCUCAGCAACAGCGAAAACCCUCAUGUCGUCAACAUUCUCGCCGGUGGCCAAGAAGGUCCUCUCAUAGAAGAUGAUCUCGACCUCUCCAAACCAGGCAACUUUGGUGUCGCUUCGGCAGCUCAACAAGCAGCCACCAUGCUCACUCUCAUCCUCGAGCGCUUCGCCAAGGAGAACCCUAAGAUCAGCUUCGUGCACGCAUUUCCCGGUCUGACAGCUACACCCCUUCUCUCUCGUGGUUCAAGUGGCAUUAUUGGAUUUCUUCUCCAGUGGAUUGUUACGCCGCUUGGAGGGCUGUUCUUUGCUAGUCCUGAUGAUGUUGGUGCGAGGGCAUUGUUCUAUGCGACUAAUGCGAGAUAUACUGUUGAGGAGACUGCAGAGGCGGCGACACCGAUUCCCGAGGGAUUGAGUAAGGCAGCUCGAUCUGCCGGUGGUGUCUUUUUGGUUGAUAAUAAGAGCGAAGCUGCGGAUAAUGAGAAGGUUUUGGUUGGGUUGAGGGAGAAGAUGGCUGAUAAGGUCCGAGCUCAUGUCGACUCAGUCUUUGAGAGAGUGAUUUAGGAAGAGUGAGAAGAGGUUCGUGACGGAAAAGAAUCAUUGGGAGUAACGGAGUUGAGACCAUAUUGAGGGCGCAAUUUUAUUGAAAUUUAUCGAC